UGCUGUUUACAGUGUUGUAUUUAUAGAAUUGAGGGCAUGUCAUCUGACACAUACACACUUUGAUCACACAAGAAACCCAGUCAUCAUCUUUAGUCUAGCAAAUGAUGCAGACUAAAUACGGUUGUCUAGGAUUCUGUGUAGGGCAACCGGGUCGUAUAAACAGCAGUGAGGGUUUUUUGCUUUAAACAAGUUGUUUCACAGAGCGUUACUCUGAGUUUAAGAUCAGGGACAGAGGAACAGAGUCGAGGGAUGGUCACAGGGGAUCUCCAUAGUCUGGCAUUUACCAAGCAACUUAAGUAGGGCAGCUCAGAUGAAACCAGCAGACAGCUUUAGUGACUCUUUUAAAAAGAUUUUUGAAGAAAAUGAUAUAAGGAGAAAACAUUUUCCUGAAGGGACGCAAGCUCUGUCAAAAGUGGAAGUCUUGCUGAGCUGGUUAACCAGCCAAGGCUCAUGGGCUGAUCGCUCCCCUGUUCACGAUGCUGCCAGCCAAGGACGACUGCUGGCCCUCAAGACCCUGAUUGCUCAGGGCCACAGUGUGAAUGUGCUGACAGUAGACCACAUUAGUCCUCUUCAUGAAGCGUGCGUAGGGAACCAUGUUGCCUGUGCAAGAGCCCUGAUAGAUGCCGGAGCCAACGUUAAUGUGACAACUAUUGAUGGUGUGACUCCAUUGUUCAAUGCCUGCUCAGUUGGCAGUCUUCGCUGUCUCGAGCUUCUCUUGCAGAGUGAUGCUAGACCACAGGCCCUGGCUUUAUGCCAGCCUUCCCCAAUCCAUGAGACAGUCAGCAGAGGCUACAGCAAUUUAGUGGAGGCAUUGGUCGAGUGGGGUGUGGAUGUAGAUUAUGAAAUUCCUCACAUGGGCACCCCUCUCUACACUGCUUGUCGAUGUAAGGAGUUCAUCUGUGCCCGCAAGCUGCUUGACGGAGGUGCAAAUGUGCAAAGAGGCUCAAAUAUGGAGACUCCUCUUCAUGCAGCUGCCCAGAAAGACUGUGUAAGCAUAUUAAAGCUACUGCUGGAAUAUGGGGCAGAUAUAAAUGCACGCAACCUGGAGUAUAAACGGCCCGUCGAGGUUGCUCCUCCAGGGAGUUUAACAGAGGGCUUCCUGUUGAUUUAUGAAGCUACUCCCCGUUCUUUGUGUCAGAUGUGCCGUCAGCAAAUCAGAGAGAGUUUGGGUCCUUCCCGACUUCAUUCCAUACCACAUUUGCCCCUCCCAAAACCUAUGAAGGAUUUUUUACAAUAUAAAUAAUGUCUUUACCCUCACAAGCUGUCCAAAUUUUGAUUAAAUGCUGACUUUUUGCUGGUGGGACUUAUGUUGUUACAUUUUGUAACAUUGACAGGGUAUAAUAAUAAACACAUUAAAUGCAAAUGUACAGAUUUAACAUAAUAUGCACAGAGCUGAAAUCAUCUUUUUAAUUUACUGAAAAGUAUUCCACAGUAACUAUUAGCAAUUUAACUUAAAUGAUACACAGUUUAUUGCCUUAAGAGCUUUGGAGUGUUUUGAAGAUGUAGCUGAAGCUUAGAUGUAGGCUACAUGUAUUGCUGAAUUUCAAAAGCAAAGGGCCUUUGAUGAGCAAAUUUGCUAUGAUGAAUAUAACAUUUAGCAAGUAGCAAUAAAUAAUUAAUUAUAAAGUAA